AUUUCCUACAUCUUCCAGACUAAAACCCCAGGCCUCGCGAGUCGCCGCCGACCGCCGCAACCACGCGCUACGCCCCCGAUGGCUCACCUCCGGCUCCUCUUCUCAUACUUGCGGCGGAACCCGCAGCGCCACCGCCUGCUCUCACUCUUCCACUUCUCCUCCGACGCCAAGUCCAGCUCCGCCUCGCCGCCGCCUCCUCCCAUCAAGCCCGUCUCCUACGCUCCGAAGCCGCAGCAGCAGGCCCCGCCCGAGGAGUCUGCCGCCCCGACAACCCCAGACGUUGCCCCUAGGGACCAAUCCCCACUGCCACGACGGCCUCAGCAGCCGAUGCCGCCGCGGGAGUGGACGCGGCAGGAUAUGCGGUACGUGAAGGACGCGGCGCCCGCGAUCUCGCCCGUCUCGUACCCGUCCAGGGUCGCGCCGCUGCCGGAGGACCGUCCGGUCGGCGGCGAGGUGGAGGAGGUGCAGGACGGGGGGCUGCAGGGGGAGUCGGAGCGGAUCCAGAUGAACGCGGCGCGUCCCACCAGGAGCGUCUUUGGGAUGCACGAGGAGGAUAGGCUGCCGUACCCGACGGUCAUACCCGUCGUCAAGCGGCCGCAGAAGGUCGCCAUUGAUUUAAUCGACGCCAUCCGCCUAGUUAAGACUAGUGCAAACGAGAAGAAGCGGAAUUUUGUUGAAACUGUUGAAGCUCAUGUGAUAUUAGGUGUUGAUCCUCGUCGUGGUGACCAGAUGGUUCGUGGCGCCUUAACAUUGCCUCAUGGCACUGGCAAGACUGUUAGGGUAGCAGUAUUUGCUGAAGGUCCUGGAGCAGACGAAGCUAGAGCUGCCGGAGCAGAUGUUGUUGGUGGUGAUGAGUUGAUUGAGGAGAUCCGCACAGGAGGAGGCAAACUAAGCUUUGACAAGUGCAUAGCAACCCCAAUGUUCAUGCCCCGAUUGUCAAAGGUUGCUAGGAUAUUGGGUCCACGUGGUUUGAUGCCUAAUCCUAAGCUAGGAUCUGUGACGAAUGAUGUUUCUGGUGCGGUCAAAGCGGCAAAAUCAGGACGUGUUGAUUUCAAAAUAGAUAAAACUGCUAUAGUGCAUGUUGGCCUUGGGAAGGUAAACUUUACUGAGGAGAGUUUACGUGAAAAUAUUGGUGCUUUUGUGCAUGCACUUUUACUUGCUAAGCCAGUGGGCUUAAAGAAAACUUCAAAAUAUGUCGGAUAUGUGAAGAAGUUCACACUGAGUAGCACAAUGGGACCCGGACUUCCUGUUACCAUACCAUCACUAUCUGUGGCCGCCGAUCACUAUAACAAGGUUCAAGUCAGCUAAGUCAAUACAGUAGAACAUCGAAUGUAGCUUUCUUUCUCCAAUAGCCGUGGCCUGCAGAUGGCGGUGGAGCUUAACCAGUCAGCAAGGUUGAGAUUUGGGUGGCUUGCUGUUUUGUUAUUGGGGAUAAUACCUUUUGUGGACAAGGAUCAUUCAACAAACAUCAUAACCUAUAACUUUAUUUUAUCCUUGUCACUGCAAUUUUGAGAUUGCGUUGCUGGUCUACCUGUGUUAUCCAGAGUCUUGUCAUUUGUUGCACGAAAUGUAAUAUCGAAAUACGGUAGUUUUAGGGCAUUACUUUUGAUAAUAAGAAAUGAAGUAUUGAACCAUGAUUCGAUUCA